GCAUUGGUGCAAGAUGCCGCAACGGCUACCGUAGAAGCUGAGUAGUCACUCGGGCACCUUGGUGAGCAGCUGUAGCUGCACCCUGUGACUGUCCAACCUCCCGGCUCUUUAAGCUUGUGUUUGAUAUCUGCAUUGUUUUCAUAUUUGGAUCUUUAAAGAUCGGGCUUUUGAAGGUCGAUAAGGUUCAAGGGAAGUUCUCUUUGGCCUAACAGCCAUACACUUGCAGCUCGCAACCAAGCUGCUCGGCCACUCUUGGGCGCUACUCAACCGUCCAUGGCAAUAUGAUAGGCCCGUUAGCAUUUAUCAGCUCUACACUCCUAGUUGGAGCUUUGGCAGCACAGCCAUCUGCACCGAAGCCUCCGACUCUUCCCCUGCGGGAGCUUCCUUGGGGCCAACUAAAUUUCCUGCACACAACAGAUACACAUGGAUGGCAUGCCGGCCAUCUUCUCGAGCCAUCAUAUUCAGCUGACUGGGGCGAUUACAUAUCGUUUGCGCAUCAUCUGCGCGCAAAGGCCGAUGAAGAAGGCGUGGAUCUGCUGCUAGUUGAUACCGGUGACCGGAUAGAGGGUAAUGGCCUCUAUGAUGGAUCCGAGCCGAAAGGCAAAUACACGUUUGAGAUAGUCAAAGAGCAAGACAUUGAUGUCCUGUGCUCGGGAAAUCAUGAACUUUAUCAAAAGAAUUCUUCAGAGAAUGAGUAUAAUAAGCUUGUCCCUGGUUUCGGCGGGAACUAUUUGGCGUCGAACCUUGAUAUAUAUGACCCUGAUACAGGGACUCGAGUACCGCUGGCUCCCAGGUAUCGGAAGUUUACCACUAAAAAUCUGGGGCUCCGGAUAUUAGCUUUUGGUUUUCUCUUCAACUUUCGCGGUAAUUAUAAUAAUACUGUUGUCCAGAAAGUCGAGCAAACGGUCAAAGAAGAGUGGUUCCAAGAAGUGAUUCGCGAAAAGGAUAUCGAUCUUUUCUUGGUCGCUGGUCAUGUCGACAUCCGCUCGGAGGAAUACACCACCAUCUUCAAAGCCAUACGCCAAGUCAAAUGGGACACCCCAAUCCAUUUCUUUGGAGGACACACUCAUAUCAGAGACUACAAAAAAUUUGACUCGAAAGCCUACGCUUUAGAGAGUGGGAGAUAUAUGGAGACAAUUGGCUUUGCAUCCAUUUCCGGACUUGAACCUGGGAAGUCUGAUGCUGAUGUCUCUGCGAGUGGACUCAGGUAUGAGCGGAGAUACAUUGACAACAAUCUCUUCUCACUUCACCAUCAUGCUGGCUUGAACGACACAACAUUUCCAACCGAACGUGGUACGAAUGUAUCACGAUUUAUUGCAGAAGCAAGAAGCGAACUUGGCUUAGACAAGAAGUUUGGAUGUGCGCCGCAAGAUCUUUGGAUGAAUCGUGCCAAGUAUCCCAGCAAAAACAGCAUGUAUACAUGGUUGGAAGAAGAUGUACUUCCAGACAUGAUACGCGAGAGCGCACGACAUGAUCAACCUCGGUUAGUGCUCAUCAAUACCGGUGCUAUGCGUUUCGACAUAUACAAGGGCCCGUUCACUCGAGACACUACUUAUAUCGUCUCCCCCUUUACAAAUGGCUUCCGCUAUCUCAAGAAUGUGCCCUAUCAAGCCGCGAAGAAACUUAUUCUGCUUCUCAACCAUGGCGGACCGAUUCUUGAGCAAGCAUUUCCGGCCCUGCAGUCGACCGCGCUUGUUCCGCCGGAGCAGCUGACGGCCAAGCAAGACGUGGUGAUCGAGAAUGAAGACGGGCUGUCUUAUGCAGGGUGGGGUCAAACCCCGCUUAAAGAGGGGACCCGACCGACGCCAGGAUAUACAACCCGUGAUGAUGCUGGUGACGAAGGAGACGAUACCCUUCAUUCGCCAAUAUCUUUCUACCGCGUGCCUAAUUGCAUUCAGUCACAGGCAGAUUUUCCCGAAGACGGAAGCGAGCCAGGGUCGGUCGACGUUGUCUUUGUUGAGUUUAUUCAGCCAUGGAUCAUCCUUGGUCUCAACUAUCUUGGUCAGAAUGUCUCCACUGAGAAUACGGAGGCAUUCGUCAAAGGUAAAGACAUGACUACUCUAGUUGCUGAAUGGGUCCAAAACAACUGGAACGGCACUUGUUAGCUUAUCAUAGAUGUAGCUAUUACACAAACGUUUAGAUGAACAUUUUACGCUGUAUGAUUUGUUUGGGUUUUUUUUUUUUUUUUUUUUUU